AAGGCAGUGAAGAGAGAGAGAUAGCGAGAAAAGCAAAUUAUUUUUUAUUGUGUCUGACAGCACUGACGUCGGAGCUUAGUCGAAGGCAGCUGCCAGUAUGCCAAAAGGAUAGCAACUAAAAAUUGUCGCAAGAAUUUGUUUGAGUUUAAGAAGAAUGCAAUUGGUCGCCAUUGAUCGCCUUGGAUUCUAGCCACCUAAAAUUGAGGACCGUACGGUGUUUCAGACAUAUCGCAAUGAGCUCUUGGUACUUGGAGCACGUAUUAACUGGGAAGCGAGUGGACCUCCCAAAUGGGAAGGUCACAAUUGGCCGCAACUCGGCCUGCAGCAUUGUUUUAAAUUAUGACUAUAUGUCGAGGCAGCAUGUGGAGAUUACUGUUAGUCCGAACAAAGUGUUGGUCAAAUGCUUGAAUGCUGCGAAUGGUGUAUUUGUGAAUGGCGCGAUCAUUAAGAAGAAACUGAAUGGCGUGCCUGUACGUGAAGGGGAUUUAAUCUGCCUGGGCUGUCCAGUUGCGGAGAAGGUUUCCAGCCCCGCCUUCAGCUUGAAAAAGGGGCCAGUCAAGACAUGGGAAAUUGUGCCAAUAAGCGAUUCGGACGACGACUCAACUCCUCUGCCGGCUCUAAAGCCUGUUACUGAAAUUCCAAAUGUGGCAAACGAUAAUGCUGCCUCAACUGUGGCUGACAAACAGACGGAUGAGGGGAACCGUCGGAACCUCCACCUGCCAAAGUUGCCACAAGUUAAACGCCACAAGUGGGAAACGAUAACAGAAAAUAUAGCAAAUAUCUUUGGGGAGGCGGAUGAGUCCAUUAUAGCUAGUGUUCUGGAGAUAAACCCGUAUUUAUACAAUUAUUUGUUGAAAGAAAAGCAAGCAGUACCAAUCUCGAGGCUACAAGAUGGUCAAUUUAUUGAGCUGGAUGGGAAUGAGAACAAACCGGAGGAUCCGCCCUGUCCUGACAGCAGCAUGAUACCGCCCUGUCCUCCUCCUCCGUCGUUGGGGGACUACGAUAAGCACAUGGCCAUGUCCCAGGAGGUCCGUCAAGAGAAGGAGAAGACAAAUAAAAAUGGUUCGCCCUUGUCUUCGACUAAUGACGGUGACAUCAUUCUGAUCACUGACAGCGAUGAUGAAGACCUCCACAGCCAAAAACUACCCGACAGCUCGUCAACGACUUGUCAAUUUCAUAUGAAGCCACCAAAGGCGCUCAGCAGUCUGGAUUGCAGCGAUCCCAAAUACUCCAAGCCACUCUGCAUUGAUUCCCGCUCAGAUGAGACGGACUGCACAUCGUCAUCGAAACGCUCAAGGUCUGUGCGCAGGUCUGAAGAAAAAGAGAUCGGGUUGCAAGCUAAAAAAAUCAAAGCCCCUUCAAUGGAGAAUGCUGAACCAAUGAAAUAUUCUUCAAUGAGGAAAGCUGGCACUACCUCAGUAAAUAUUAGGUCGAAAGAGAAUGAGCCACCACCUAUGCCAAAAGAAUAUCCCUCGAAAAGAGAGAUCAAUACUCGACUUCGCAGCCGUGCCACUUCGUGCUACUACCCAAGACCCCAAGACAAACCUAACUUGGCAACACGCAAUCUCAACGGCAUGGACAUGAGGCGGAUUAGGGGACCAGAAGUUAUUGAGGCUCCCUCGGGGCCCCAGUAUCGUGACAAACUGCGAGGCGUUUCGGCUGUGCUCAAAGAUGAUAAUAAUAACAAUGCCCCAUGCAAGGGGAAGCCCAAAGCGAAGGAUAUGUUAGAUGACGAAACGAAGUCGCUCGGAAAACUGACUGAGCAGAAGCCGGCCGACAGCACUUCCGAGCAGUCGGGCAGCAGGAAAAGAAAAGCCACAACCACUGUGCCAAGAGUAAGAAAUGCCAGUCGAGGUGCUUUCCUCACUGUGGGCAUCGAAAGACCCAACAUGGACUUCAAGCGAAACAGGAACCGACGUGCCACUAUCGGCGCUGAAGAUUUCAUACAGCAGAUGCAGCCUACUGAUUUUCUGCCCAGUCGAAACGGUCGUCCGCCAGAGCGUAAAGAUGCCGAGAGUGCAAUAAAUCGCCGAACCUUUGCCAGCAUGGAGAAGGAUAUGGAAGAGAAGUUGAGGUUUCAGAAUAUGUCGAAGAAAAAGGUUGAUGAGCUGCUAUACUGCAGCACCUAUGUCGAACGACGUAAACAAUGGUCGCGCAAUCAGGUGAACGAUUCAGCGUCCUACGUCAAGAGCAUCCUCAAGUGGGCAAAUCAAUGGCUGAAGCAGCGGAAUGUAGGUGCCGUGAUCAACUCAGAUGUCCUGAAGCCCAUAGCUGACGAAUUCGAGACGGUCAAGCAGUACAAGAAAAUAUUUGUGCCAUUGAUGAAACUGGAGUUGUUGACCACCAUCAAAAGGGACUACAAGUUGGGGAGGCAGCCAAUUGAGGUGUGCCUGCAACAUCCUGUUGAGAAAAUUAAAUCAUUUUACUGCCUGACCACGCGAGUGUUCACUAAGCCGACAGAAAAGUGUAGGCUCUACACUCUUUCGAGUGGCAAAAAGCUCAAGGAGACGUUCGCUAUUCUUCGGGGGCAAAGAACAGAAAAUGACCAUGAGCUGAUUUUCGAAAUUUUAACGGAUGGUAUUUCUCUGGAGACAUUUAAGGGGAUAAAACUCUUGACUGCCCGCCCGGUGGUGGACAGCUUGGAACUGGAACUGGGCGCCCUGCAAGCUGUGGAUCAGCUGUCCCAUUCGCCACUCCAUCGAAAGAUUAUCAAGCCCACCGAAAUGCUAAAGAAUACCCAAAUACCCAGCUAUGACACACCGUGUGUUUUCAAGGGUUUAGCCAAGCUCAACCCUCAACAAGAGGCUAUCUGCUCAAGCACGUAUCAACGCGUCAUACACGAUGAAAUUCCAAGCAUUACGCUUAUUCAGGGCUCCACAGACACAGGUAAAUCCCUGAUUGCGAAUAUCAGCAUGCAGUGUCUGUAUGGAAGGGUAGCCAUACAAAAGGAUCGCAAGAUACUAAUCUGUUCCCACUCAAACACGGCCGUCGACUCAAUUGUAUUCCGUCUUCACAACGUGCGAGAAAAGUACAAAGUUCAUAUGCUUCGCUAUGGGCCGUAUGAAAAGAUGAAUACUCUGUCGCGCCAGUACUCGCUGGAGCGUAAGUACCAGAGUGCCAAGGCUCACAAAAAGGAACGACUGCUUACCGAAAAGCGAGCGACUCUCCAACAGAGGUACAAUGACUUAAAAGUGGAGGUGAACUUGAUGAAGAAGAAAAAGAAGCACGAUGGCCCCCGGCCGUUUGAUAUGUACGAGAAGAAGGUGAAGCAGAUGAAGGCCUUGGAGGAGCAGCUUAAUCCUCGAUUAACACAUGCCGAAGAGCUCGAUAUUGCUAAAUCUCAUAUAGAAGCAGCCAACAUUGUGUGCACCACCCUCUCCUCGUGCGUGGAGCUGGGCAGUUUAAUUAACUACUUUGAUAUCUGUUUAAUUGACGAGGCAACACAAUGCACCGAACCUUGGACCCUGCUGCCGAUGCGUUUCGGCAUUUUGCACCUGGUAUUGGUGGGUGAUACACAGCAGUUGCCUGCCGACGUGCUCUCCCAUAAGGCCGCCGAUCUCGGUUUGGCCAAAUCAAUGUUUGAUCGCAUCCAGCGGAGCCUGGACAAGCAACAGGUGGACCAGCCGGAUGGCCAUCUGUCCGCUCUUCACUCUGAACACGCAGUGCGCAGAGAAAGAAUCGAGUGAAUAAUUGUUUAUUUUUUCUUCAUAACACUGCCAGGAAACGGUCCACCAAAUAUAUAAUUUAAUAACGUUCUCAUUAUUUUAUAAUAAAA